AGUCUACUCGCACGCUCCCCAGCUCUCUAUACCCUUCCAGUGCAUUUUUCCUUUGCAUUAUACAGAUUAGCCCCAUUCAUUGGCAUGCAGGGUGACAAGUGUGUGCAGCUGCUGCACUCUCUCCCCAGCUCACCAGGAGGGGGAAGCCUGUUCAAAGAGCUGUGACGUCACACUGGGAUUCCUGUCCUCUUCUCCCGCAUCCAUGGAAAAGCCAGUGUAACUUUGCCCUGCACAGUGCCAGCUUCUGCUAGGGUCUCUGCUCCUGAUGGCAGUGCACCGGUGACUGGGGGGUCUUUCUUCUUCAGUGACCACCUUGUUGAUCAUCUGUUCUUCUCCUCUCACAUCCAUCAGCACAGAGCCUGAGAGCUGUUCUAGCUGCAGAUCUAUGGAUUCACUAGCAGCCUUAAGGGAGGAAUGGGCACCUGCUGAAUGAAGAAACCUCCAUGCCUGUUAUAGCUCCUAUGCUUUUCUCAUGAAACUUGUCUUCAUGGCGAGCACUGUGGAGACUGGGGGAUAUUCUGCAAUGUGAUCGUCCUUCAUGUUUUCUCGCAACCUUCCCUGGUUUGCAGGAUUUGGAGAAAUACUCAAAUAAUUUGCAAACUUUUUUUUUUUUGGACCAUAAUUGACCAAUUGUUGACUCAAAAUGAUCAACGGCUCCAGCUUCGAAGAACUGAAUGGGAGUGGAUCAGACUUCAGUGAAGAGGUAGAGAUCAUUGUCAAUGUCGGGGGAAUUAGGCAAAUCCUUUAUGGUGAUAUCUUAAACAGGUACCCAGACACCAGGCUGGCAGAGCUGAUGAACUGUAUAACUGGGGGGUAUGAUGCCAUCUUCUCUCUGUGUGAUGACUAUGACCCAGGGCAGAAAGAAUUUUACUUUGAUAGAGACCCUGAUGCUUUUAAGUGUAUCAUGGAGGUUUAUUAUUAUGGGGAGGUACAUAUGAAGAAGGGCAUAUGUCCGAUGUGUUUCAAGAAUGAAAUGGAGUUCUGGAAAGUAGACUUAUGUUUUCUGGAUGACUGCUGCAAAAGCCACCUCAAUGAGAAGAAGGAGGAAUUGGAAGAGAUAGCCAGGAGGGUACAGACCAUCCUCGAUGACUUGGGCUUUGACACAUCAGAGAGUAGAUGGAAAAGGUUUCAGAAGUAUGUCUGGAAGUUCAUGGAGAAGCCAGAGUCUUCUUUCCCAGCAAGGGUCACUGCAGUUCUGUCAUUUCUCUUCAUCCUUACCUCCUCCAUUGUCAUGUGUUUGGGGACCAUCCCAGAUCUGCAGGUGGAGGACUCGGAGGGGAACCAUGUAGAGCACCCUACUCUAGACAACAUAGAGACUGCGUGUAUUAUCUGGUUCACAAUGGAGUACGUCCUAAGACUCAUAUCCUCCCCAAACAAGUUACACUUUGCCCUCUCCUUUAUGAACAUCAUAGAUGUGUUGGCCAUCCUGCCCUUUUAUGUUAGUCUAAUCCUGACUCACCUAGGGGCACGAAUGAUGGAGUUGACCAAUGUCCAGCAAGCAGUCCAGGCUUUGAGAAUCAUGAGGAUUGCUAGGAUUUUCAAGCUUGCCCGCCAUUCUUCUGGUCUGCAAACCUUAACUUAUGCCCUGAAGAGCAGUUUUAAGGAGUUAGGGCUCCUCUUGAUGUACCUGGCUGUAGGUAUCUUUGUAUUCUCAGCUCUUGGAUACACAAUGGAGCAAAGCCAUCCAGAAACUUUGUUCAAGAGCAUCCCCCAGUCAUUUUGGUGGGCUAUCAUCACCAUGACUACCGUUGGGUAUGGAGACAUCUACCCCAAAACCACUCUGGGGAAACUGAAUGCAGCUACAAGUUUCCUCUGUGGGGUGAUAGCCAUUGCUCUUCCCAUUCACCCCAUUAUCAACAACUUUGUGAAAUAUUACAACAAGCAGAGGGUUUUGGAAACUGCAACCAAACAUGAACUUGAAUUGAUGGAACUUCAUUCUUCUGGAGGGGACCUCAGAGGCUUCAGACAUGACACACACAGGGCUGGGGAUGUGAGGAUGGGGAGUCACCUCAAGGCCUCCCAUAGUGACACUUUUAUUCCAGCAUUGUCUAAGGAGAAGCAUCACAGGACAAGGCUGCAGAGCUGCAAAUAACAGGGAUGGGGACACCUACCAGAGUAUUGGUGCGAGGAUCAAAUCCAGUCAUUAUGUGUAUAGGUCAUGUAGGGAAACACAUAGACCUGGCAGAAAAAAGAACUCAAAAUCAAGUGAACUGUUUGACAUCUCCAUGUUUGACAGUCCUGUGGUAUGUACAAUAUAUACAUAUGAUCGCAAAUAAACAGUCCCAUAAGCCAACCUUGUGGGGGAGUCUGAAAGAUUUCAUACAAUGACUGUAACGUGUCAUAUACAGAUGUACUGUAGUGGAGAAUAAAUGUGUCUUUUUGAGUUGUA